CACAGAGACAUAGAGGCACACACAGAGACACAGAGACAUAGAGACACACACAGAGACACAGAGACAUAGAGACACACACAGAGACACAGAGACACACACAGAGACACAGACACACGCUGGUGUGGCCAUGGCGAGCCCCAAGUCGCGCAGAGUCCUACAGGACGCGAGGGCAGUGGACGACAACAGCCUGUGCUUCGAAUGUGGUGCACACAGCGCGCAGUGGGCAAGCGUCACCUACGGCAUCUGGGUCUGCCUGGAGUGCUCGGGUCGGCACCGGGGCCUCGGCGUGCACCUCAGCUUUGUUCGUUCUGUAACGAUGGACAAGUGGAAAGAAAAGGAGCUGCAGAAGAUGCUUGUAGGAGGAAAUUCCAAGUUCCGCGAGUUCCUGGAAACGCAGCCGGACUUCAAUCCCAGCUGGUCCCUGCAGGACAAAUACAACAGCCGAGCUGCGGCACUCUACAGGGACAAGAUCGCUGCUCUGGCAGAAGGUCGGGAGUGGACCAUAGAAACAUCACUCGCCAGAGACUGGCUCCCCGCCCAACCCAAACUGUUCCCAUCAGCCACACUCAAAAGUCCACCGUUUAUGCAGUCAUCCCAGACAAACCCAGACAACGGCUUUGAAGAGUGGCUCAAUGAAGAUGGGACUUCCUUCCAAAACGCUGGCUGCCUGGCCUCCGCUGGGUUUGUGUGCUGCAGGGGCGCAGGCUAUGGGGGACAGGGAAGUCGCUACGUGGGCUUCGGCAGUACCACGGUGACUGAGAAGAACACAGAGGAAGCGGCAAAUAACAGUGUCUCUUCACUCCAUUCGGGCUGGAGCAGCUUUGCGGUGGGAGCCAGCAAGAUCGCUGCUGCAGCCAAAGAAGGGGCUGCCAAAUUUGGAUCGCAAGCCUCACAAAAGCUCUGGAAAAACAAGCAGCAGGGACAAGGGAUGAAAGGCUGGAAGGAAGUGACCUCCAUGUUCUCGAAUAAGCACGGAGGCCAUGAGCGUCUCUCGGGAAACGACUCUCCUCUGCUGGAGGGGUCGGCAGCUGGAGAAGGGGAAGCUGCGGUGAGCCAAGAGUUUUUUGCAAAGAAGGAAGGCCAGCGGUCUCCAAAAGCCGAGAGCUGGGUUUCAUUUGGAGCACGGUCUGUUGGAGAAGAGGGACAGACAAAACCCAAAACGAGUUCAGAGGGCUGGCAGCCUCUGCAGUGCGACUCUCCUCCAGAUAGCACCGAAGUGGAAGAAAGCUGGGAUGAAGGGGAGGAGGGGAGCGCUUCUGCAGGUGCAGGAGGAGGCAGCAAACCAGGAGGCAGUGGCAGUGGUAAGGGCAUAACCUAUGGAGUGAAAAAGUCCAACAAGAUGGGGGAUGAGUGGGGUGAUAAGGAUUGGCAGCCUAUAUAUUAAGCCUAUAUAUUCAUACUGCCCAUAUGUGUGCUGCCACGAGCGAAGUUCUAGCAUAAUAUGUUCAGUGCAUUUCUUAGGGUUGUCAGAAAUUCCAAAAUGCUGGGUACAGAACACUAAGACGUUAACCGGUAUCGUCACGCUGAUACGGAUAAAAUAAUCACUGAUCAGUGUGCUAUAGCUAUAAAAAGCUCAGUUGUAUUAUUGCUGGUAGUGCUACAUUUGUAAGAACUUGACAAAGGCUGCCUGUAAAAAGUGUAACAGUUAUUACCCCAAAAGUAAUUGCUCCACCCAACGUUUAGCUAUUGUAAGAACCAAAUGUUUUCAAUUACUUUAAUUACUUUAGAUUCUGAAAUAGAAACGUUUCCAGUUUAAUUCAAGGCAAUGAUGAGAACAUUAUUUAGUUUGCCAUUUUAUUUCUCAGUUCAGGUAAAGAAGCAAUGUUUGUCAUGAUAUAGAGAUACAGUGUUUAGUUUUAACGGUUUUCAGUGUGUUGCAGCAUUGUUGCAGGUUGAAGGCUGUACUUGUCUUGUUGUAUUUUGGGCUUUUGACCAGAUUCUGUAUGACGUGUUGCACUGGACAUGCAUCCAAGGUAAGUGUCUGGGUAUUUUUGAUGGAAGAUGGUAAAAUUGCUUGUCUCAUUGAUAGCAUAUAGCACAGCAACUCUUCAUUGAAAGCACAUUUGAUAUAAUAAUAAUAGGGUUUUUCCCCUUUUUUUGGCAACAAAACUGAAACCUUUUUAUGAGGAUUCAUGUCUGCAUUAACCACAAUACUUGCAGUCAAAAUGCAAACAAAA